ACACUCAAGCUCGCCGUUUUGGAAAGGGAGAUCGGUAUCACAGAACCAAGGAACCGCCCAAGCACCUGACCACAACACAGUCGUCGGAGCUUCAUACUCGCAUGUCAAUAUCUUACAAGGAUUGCCGCAACAGCAUGCGCAGCCCCGGACUCCGCCCCGGUCUUCCUCUACGAACCACCAACAGAUCUCCCCUUCUCCCCAUCGACCAGGGGUAUGGGUCGCCUCUCCCCGUACAUCAUAUUCCGGCAUCAUGAAUCAAGAUAUUGAAUCAUGGGGUCACGACCAACCCGGAGGAAGGGUUGACGAUGAAGACGAUGAUGCAGAAGAGGAGGAUAUCGUCUAUGAUGAUGACGAAGAUGAAUUUGGGUUACCGAGUAUUGCGAGUAUGCGGAAAAGACAAAACCGAAAUCUUGAUGCUUUUCAACCUAAAACGAUCGAUCUAUCCGUUCGCCCCGAGAGCAAACCUUCAACCCUUGGUGUUGCCCUGGGGAAUAAUAGACAACGAGCGAAUAGCUCUGAUAUUGCAGAGGAACGUGAUAUUCCCUUAUAUCCCACAACUCGGAAAGGUGAAGGAAAUAUCCUUCGACCUCAAUACAAAGAUAUUUUGAGAGACCCUGCAAAUGCACUAAAUCUCAUCAACCAUGCGCCGCCUCCCAAAAAUGCUUCGCCAAAGGAGAUGGACAUGUAUACAAGUCGCAUAUCACGAAUCAACAAGUUUAAACGUCUCCUACAAACAAGCACGGUCCCGCUGCCUGAGUUAAGAAACCUUGCGUGGUCUGGAGUUCCUGAUGAGGUGCGCCCCAUGACUUGGCAACUCCUCUUGGGGUACCUCCCUACAAACAGUGAGCGACGCAUUUCAACUCUCGAACGAAAACGAAAGGAGUAUCUGGAUGGUGUUAGACAGGCUUUUGAGCGUAGUAGCGCAGCAACUGCUGGAAAUCCGCCACCUUCGGGCACUGGACGUGGCAGGGGCUUAGAUGAGGCGGUUUGGCACCAAAUCAGCAUAGAUGUUCCCCGCACCAGUCCUCAUAUCCAGCUGUAUAGUUAUGAGGCUACCCAACGAUCACUAGAAAGGAUCCUUUACCUCUGGGCCAUCAGGCACCCUGCCAGUGGUUAUGUACAAGGGAUAAAUGACCUUGUCACACCACUCUGGCAAGUAUUUCUUGGCGUCUAUGUUACCGAUCUUAACGUUGAAGAAGGAAUGGAUCCCGGUCAACUCCCUCGAAGUGUCCUUGAUGCCGUGGAAGCAGACGCGUUCUGGUGCCUGACAAAACUCCUAGAUGGGAUUCAGGAUAACUACAUCUAUGCCCAGCCCGGCAUCCAUAGACAGGUUAGGGCGUUGCGCGAUUUAACCUUACGUAUCGAUUCAACUCUUGCUAAGCAUUUGGAGAACGAGGGAGUUGAGUUUAUGCAAUUCAGCUUCCGAUGGAUGAACUGUCUGCUCAUGCGGGAAAUGAGCGUGCGGAAUACUAUACGAAUGUGGGAUACAUAUAUGGCUGAGGAGCAGGGCUUCUCCCGAUUUCACUUGUAUGUAUGUGCUGCGUUUCUUGUGAAAUGGACAGAUCAGUUGGUGAAAAUGGAUUUUCAGGAAAUUAUGAUGUUUCUUCAAGCGCUUCCAACAAAAGACUGGACUGAGAAAGACAUUGAACUCUUGCUCAGUGAGGCAUUCAUCUGGCAAAGUUUGUUUCAAGACUCGAGAGCCCACCUGCGUCCAUCUGGAGACCAUUCUCCCGAAAAUGGCUUACAGUGACAACAACCCUACCCUCCCCCACCCAGCAUAAAUGUCCGCUGCGCGAGACCAUGCUUGCCCAUCGCUAGUUGGGAACGCAUAUAUCCCCCCUCCCUUCAUUUUUUUUCCUCGAUCGAAGGGAUGUCAGUUUUGGUUAAGCGCAGGUAAUCCUUCCAGAAGACGACUCCUAUCCUAUACCAUUGCGAAGUAUUUGCGAAGUUUGUAUAUCAUCUUCUACAACGCAUUCCAUCCGCCUCCACACAUGUAUUUUGCUGCUUUGAUCACGCCGUUAUAAUCUGGUUGGUUGUUAAGAACUUUUGAUGACACAAACUUAAUGUUAUACACCCCUCAUGUUGUUAUUCGUGUUGGGUCAAAUGAGGAAAUGGAUAUGAGACGAGUGCAAGAAAACCCAUGUCAUAAUAGAACCAAAUAUGGGUUCAGAGUAACUAGCAUAGCAUUAUCGAUUUAGACAAUAAUGUUCAUAUAAUAUAGCAUAGUUCCUAGAAAGGUGCCACUUG